AUGGAAUCUACAAACCCCAACUAUGACUUUGUCGUUGUAGGAGGUGGUCCAGCUGGCUGUGCCCUGGCUGUAGGACUCGCCAAAUCAGCCCAGAAGCCCCGGGUUCUGCUUCUUGAAGCAGGUGGGCGUAAUGAUGAUAGUGCUUUGCGAGUUGACGGAAAGCGCUGGGCCACAUUCAUGGAAGGAGGCCUAAAUUGGGGUUAUAAAACCACACCCCAGGAACAUUGCAAUGGGCGCGAGCUCGACUAUUCUCGUGGAAAGGGUCUGGGGGGUAGCUCGGCGAUCAACUUCGGGGUCUACACUGUAGGCGCGCGGGAUGACUACAAUGAGUGGGCAUCCGAGGUGGAUGACGAUAACUUUGGAUGGAAGGAGAUGCAGACCCGCUUCAAGAAUUUAGAGACCUUCAACGGCGAUGUCACAUUGCCGGAGAAUCUGAAAUACGCGAACCCGGUUGCUUCUGAUCAUGGCAAUUCGGGUGGCCUACGUGUUGGGUAUGCUGAAGAUUGGGAAAGGGACUUGUCGCUCUCGCUGGAUGCAUUCGAAGCAGCGGGGCACAAGCUCAACUUGGAUCACAACUCGGGUAACCCUCUAGGCAUGGCUGCCACUAUCAACUCUGCUAGCAAAGGAAAGCGUACCACGGCUGCAGACUUGCUUUUGGGUGCUCCUGAUAAUCUUGUGGUUGUCACAGACAGCCCAGUACAUCGGAUUUUGUUGCAGGGCAAAAAGGCUGUUGGAGUAGAGACUCAGGGCAAGCAGUACUUCGCUUCUCGGGAUGUGAUUCUGUCCGCAGGCUCACUUGAUACCCCGAAGAUCCUAAUGCAUUCUGGAAUUGGACCAGCUGCGGAGCUUGAGAAAUUCAACAUCCCAAUAGUCAAUGAUCUCCCCACUAUUGGCCAAGGUCUCCGAGAUCACUACUUUGUUCCUCUGAUUCUCGCCCGUAACCCUGAGACAAAUGACCGCAAUUCGUUCUUCCAAGACCCCACCGCCAUGGAGACUGCAAUGAGCCAAUGGAAAGAAAAUAACACUGGCCUAUGGACCCGAUACAGCUGCCAAGUCGGUUGUGGCUGGUUUAAAUCAGACCGCAUCACCUCCUCUCCUGAAUUUAAAGCACUUCCAGCAUCUGUACAAGAAUUCAUGAACCGCGAAACUAUCCCCCACUACGAGAUGGCCACCCACCUACCCUUCCAUUUCAUAUUACCCGAUAUGUUUAAAGAUUACAGCUAUGUGUGUCUCGCAGCAUUCUUGAUGAACGAACAAUCUCGCGGCGAAGUGCGCCUGCAGUCCUGCGACCCAGACGUCCCGUUGCUAUUCAACCCGCGGUUCCUCGAGGACCCCUUCGACCGUCGCGCUUGUAUCGAGAUCUACCGACACCUACUAGAAGUUAGUAGACAGGAAUCCUUUGCGAAGGACACUAUCGCCACGCUCGUCGGGCCCGCGUCUGAUUCUGACGAGGAUAUCCUCGAGUUCUGGAAGAACUUCCUCUCUUCUAGCUGGCAUAUGACCGGCACAGUGAAGAUGGGCAAGGCCGGUGCUAGUGAUGCUGCUAUUGACACGCAUUUCCGCGUACGAGGCAUGGAGAACCUCCGCGUUGCGGAUAUGAGUGUUGUUCCUGUCCUCACUAAUAACCACACGCAGGCUACUGCUUACGUGACUGGUGUUACUUGUGCUGAGGUUCUUAUCAAGGAAUAUGGCCUUGAUGAACAGUAA